AUGCGCCUCUUGCACAAGCUCGCAUUUCUUGUAGCCGUCGUCGCCGUGGCGGUCAACGGCAACCCAGUCACUCAGCCCGAGGCAUCUGUGGCCGACGAGACUGGCCACAUAGUCCCCAAGAUCAUAAGCAUCAAGGAGCUGAGGAAUUGGAUUCGCACGACCAAGGGCGAGUUCAAGUUCAUUGGGGAGAAGUUCGAUCUCGAAGACAACCCCCUCGCAAGUCGCGACACCGAGUUCACAACAGUCACAUUCUGCAGCAAUCGUGACGGAGGGGACUGCAACCCUCCUUGCACCACUUUCUCGGGCUCCAACGCCUGCUUAAGCACACCGAACACCAACUGUCUUGUGGCGACAACGGAUGUCCUGUUUUGUGGCAGCCCUGGGUGCGGCGGAAUUUGCAACUCGUUCAACUCCUGUGGGACGAGACUCAACAACAACUUCUGCUUCACUCCGAGUACGCAGUCGAUUCGUGUGCCUUGA